UAUUAAUGUGAAACAAGCCCACCAAAGGAGCCACUGACUUGAAAUUCGAGCUUCCUAAGAAUAUUAUGGUGUCGUUCGUUUCAAAGAAGAAGCAGAAGAUAAUAAGAUAUGCAGAGAGAGAGGAUAUCGGUCAUGAAAAGAGAGAGAGAAAAAAGAUAAAUUAAUAAAUAAAUAGAUAAAAAUAUAAAUACAAAUUAUUAAAAUACAAGAUGAAUUCUUUUUAGGGGUAGUAAUGCUUUAUAUACAUCAUUGCUCGAACUUCUGAGGAAGUUAAGUUGCACUGCAUCCUCAGUAGGGAAACUUCCACAGUCCGACUUUUUAAGGAGGAAUAAAGGACCUCUGGAACUUUGGAGAAGUUUGUCAGGUAUCUGUUAAUGUACAACUCAUGAUUUGGUAAACAAGUGAUAUGCAGUUGCACUAGAGCAGAAUGUCACAUCAAAAUUGGUCUUCAUUUUCCUAAAUCCAUAUUUUUUAUCUCUGUUAAAAUACAACUUGUGAAUCGGUAACCAAGUUUUAUACAGUUACACCAGAGCAGAAUUUCGUGACCAAAUUAUUUUUCACUGUCCAAAAUCCAUUCAUUUAUUAUAGUAACGAUAAUAUUAACUGGCUUGGUGACUACAUUCUUCAACGUGGCCAUCACGAUAAUAGUGACCUGUGUAAUGUGGAAUCUUCAGAGACCAGUGUCCAUAAGAAGGGUUUCAGAUCAGCCCUCGACAGACAGAUUCAUGAAUGAGGAUCCCUGGUGCUGCGAUACUUCAUCUGGGCCGAACAAACUCCACGCAGGAAGGGAAAUACCAAACCCAUACCUAGAUUACAGUCGUGGGCUCCUAGACAAGACCGCAACUUCACCGUGGCCAUCACUAUGAUCCAAUAUCUGCAGAAGUGUUUCCCGAGGAUGAUGUCUCGAGUAGCCUUCCACAUAACUUACCCGAGAAACCUCCCUCCGAAGUAUGUUGUCAAUGACGAUGAGGAACAGCUGGAGUACAACUGCAAGCAGCCGGAAUCUGUCAACAGAGAAAUAGUGGAGAAGGUCCGCCCGGAGAAACUAGCCCAGCACUUGAAAAGGGCGGCUUAUCCCCAGAAUCUCCUGAGGAACUUGGCCCGAGAGGGCUGUCCCGCAGAGUACUCCUUCACACCCGACAUCGACAUGAUCUCGGCUCCCGGAAUGUCGAGAAAACUGAACGAAUUCGUGUCCCGGAACUCGACGAGAAGCUGCGGUCGCUGCGCAUACAUCAUCCCAACUUACGAGAUUCGCGCUGGGGUAGAGAAGAACCCUAGGACUAAAGGAGAGCUGAAAGCUCUUCUCAAGAAGAAGAAAGCGCAGCGCUUUCACAUCAAGGUAUUCCACCUCAACCAGCACAAUUCACAGCUGAAGAAGUGGGAGAGCGACAAGUCGUCUAGGCCUAGGAAACUGGAGGUCAUGUACAACAUUAGCACUUGGGCUGAAUUCUGGGAGCCCAUUUACGUCACCAAAGCUGACGUCCCUCCUUACGACGAGAGAUUUGUCAGUUAAGGCUAUACUCGGAAUAGCCAGAUCUACGAGAUGCACGAGGCUGGUAUACGUGGCAUAUGCUGAACAAUGCCUUCUUAUGCCACAGUGGAUUCCAGACCAGAAGGCAGCGGUCAGGAAGUCGUAAGAGGCAGAUGCUUCAUAACGACCACAUUUACAAGGUCUUCAAGAAAGAGAUUCACGCCAGAUAUACAGUGGACGAAGAUAACCCACUCGCCGGGUAUAACUGAGAGAGAGAGAGAGAGAGAGAGAGAGAGAGAGAGAGAGAGAGAGAGAGAGAGAGAAGAUACCUUUGGGAAAAUACAACUAUGAAGAAUUGUGACGCAAGGCUCGUAGGCCAAAUGUGUUCAUGUGGCUAGGUCUAAAACACAGAAACAAUUUCUUUAUAUAUUUCAUUGUGAAAUGAGAAUCUUGCUCUUUUUUUUUCGUCCCUCAAGAUUUUGCUGUAAAGAAAAGCCAGUGAUAAGUCGAAUGAACUGACUAAAAAUAGUUAUUCGUCCAGAAGGUGUAAGACUAUUCAGUUUCACUUGGCAUAUUGAGCUAAAAUUCUCUCAAUUUCUUGCACUUCAGUGGAGACUAGAUUUUGUAACAUGAAUAUAUUUAUGGUAUUUUGUUGUAAAUGAAAUCUAUUAGUUUCGCUGCAGCGAAGUACAUAAAUUUUAAAUAAACAUCUGUGGUCUGCACAUAAGACCUACCAUAAGUUCUGGAGACUUAUUUAAUCAAACCCUACUGAUUAUUGAGUUUGUUUACCUAAUUUUUCCAUGAACUAGUGUGGCUGACUCAAGCUUUAGACAAUCUGAGCUUAAAUGGAUCUGUACUUUUUUAGGCUGAAUUCUAUGUUACAGCGUUGUCUCUUUGAGGAUAGAUUCUCAUUUAUCUAUCAACACUUUUUCUGCAGUAAUGAAAUCACUAGGAGAUAUUGUCCAGUGAUAAUCUAUCUGGAGGACAGAUCCCUUACUGGAAUCGUAUUCAAAUCCGGUGC